AUGGCCCCCACAGCUCCCAUGAACAUAAUAUCAUACCCCUCGGCGCCAGGGUCUGACAACGGAGCACCUCCACCGUGGCAGCAGCAGCAGUUCCAAGGUGCACCCACGCCCGAGCAGGUGAAGGCGCUGCAGGAGGAGGAAAAGCGGAGGGCGGAGAUCAAGGCCCGGGCAGGCCAGCCGAACGCGGGCGUGGGCGAGGUGGUCAAGACGAUCAGCGCCGACGAUUUCCUCAAGGUCCACCAGGCACCGUGCUCGCGAGAUGGAUUUCUGCAGGGCAUAGCCGCCGGUGCGGCCGUUGGUGGGCUGCGCUAUGUCAUCGGAGCCCCAAUACCUAAAUCCGCAAAUUGGGCGGUGGGAGCCUUCGUCCUCGCCGCAACAGGCUCGUACGAGUAUUGUCAGUACAACCGGAGACUACAGCGCGAAAAUAUGAAGAGAACCGUGGAGGUAUAUACCCAAAGAGCAGCUGAGGCGAAAGCGAAACAAGAGGCGAAGAAAAAGGCCGAGGAGGAAGCAGAAGCCGCAAGGUUAGCAGCACAGAAGAGUUGGUACAAAUUCUGGUAG